GGUAUUUUCCAUUGAUAAUUCCGCGGUCACACUGGUAGCAAGUAAAUUAAUUCGACGCCGCACGUACCGGGAGCAUUUAAAUAAUUUUUUCUGUGGAUUAAUUUAACUAAAAAGGAUUAAACAUCAUGACUGAACGCGAGAACAAUGUGUACAAGGCAAAAUUGGCUGAGCAGGCCGAGCGCUACGAUGAAAUGGUCGAGGCCAUGAAGAAGGUCGCUUCCAUGGACGUCGAGCUGACUGUCGAGGAGCGUAACUUGCUGUCCGUCGCAUACAAGAAUGUGAUCGGAGCCCGACGUGCUUCAUGGCGUAUCAUCACCUCGAUCGAGCAGAAGGAGGAGAACAAGGGGGCCGAGGAGAAGCUGGAGAUGAUCAAAACCUACCGCGGCCAGGUGGAGAAGGAGCUGCGCGACAUCUGUUCGGACAUACUGAAUGUGCUCGAGAAACAUCUCAUUCCAUGCGCCACAUCCGGCGAAAGCAAAGUAUUCUACUAUAAGAUGAAGGGUGACUACCAUCGCUAUUUGGCCGAGUUCGCCACCGGCUCGGACCGCAAGGAUGCGGCAGAGAACUCGCUGAUUGCCUACAAGGCAGCUAGCGACAUUGCCAUGAACGAUCUGCCCCCAACACACCCCAUUCGCUUGGGCUUGGCAUUGAACUUCUCGGUGUUCUACUAUGAGAUUCUCAACUCGCCGGAUCGUGCAUGCCGCUUGGCGAAAGCCGCUUUCGACGAUGCCAUUGCCGAGUUGGAUACACUGAGCGAAGAGAGCUACAAAGACUCGACACUCAUCAUGCAGCUGCUGCGCGACAACCUCACAUUAUGGACGUCCGAUAUGCAGGCAGAAGAAGUAGACCCCAACGCAGGUGAUGGCGAGCCGAAGGAGCAAAUUCAGGAUGUUGAGGAUCAGGAUGUGUCGUAAUUUAAGUAAACCCCCGCCCUUCCAUUUAAAACACAUAAUAUACCUUCUAAAGUAAAUAUAAUACCAUAUAAUAUAUAUGCAUACAUCAAACCACAACAACACGACAACAGAACAACAACAACCAGAACGAACCACAAAAGAGGUACCAGAAACAGCACUACAAAAGAUCAGCGGCCGAUCCUUUGGAGCAUCGAUAAUCGACAAUCGAGAAAAAACCGAUCGAUAAUCGAUACUUGGGCGUAUUAAAAUUCGUAACAGUAACAGAAAUGAAACGCAAAAACUACAAAAACACUAAACCUAACCAGAAGCAGCGCCACAACACGGACAAGCACAAACAAGAAACACAUUUGGGGCGGCGGCCUGGUAGUAGUGGGCGUGGUAGUUCGCAAUGAAACGUACCCCCACUCCUCAGUGAAGGCAAGCGCGCUGGCAUCCUCUCCCAACAGCAGCAACAACAUCAGCAAGAAACAACUCUACUAAAUUUAACAUUUUGCAUUCGAGAAACAAGGCAUUAUAUUAUAUUUAAAUAAAUAUUAUAUUUAAUUAUGAGAAGCAAAAAACAAACAAAUAAACUUCAUUUAAACCACACGAAAACACACACGAAACAAAAACGAAAACGAAAGCAGCAGGAAAAGAUCGGAGUUGAGAAGCAAACAAUCAGAAAAGAAGGCAAUUUUCAACGCGAGUGUAGUGGCAUGCGCGCAUUCAUUUCGAAAAAAAAAA